CUGUUAUCAAAGCUUGCAAAUGAGAUUGUCUAACAGGAUCUCAAACAAAUCCGGAGGAGUUAAUACCCAAACAAAAUAAUCAGCCCGUUUAAAGUGACUGGGUCUCCGCUCCUUUCUCUCCGUGAUACUACUGCAAGGGAAUGAUAAUUAGACCUUUAUUUUAAAAAUCCAAAGGGGCUCUCUCUGCUUCCCUCCCUCUCUUGCCCUCCUCCCUCCCUCCCUCUCUGGCUCCCUCCCUCUCUCUUUCUCGCAAAGGGGGUUUUCUUAAUCAGGCUGUUUUUUUCGGUCCGAGGGAAGGGAGGAAGGAGCUUGUGAUGGAGAAAGGGGGUCUGUAAAACGUCAGGCGCCGCACAAAGGCUUUGCCACGUAAUUACAGGCUCCUAUUAAGUGGAGAUCUGCCCUCCCAGGGGUCUCCAAUUUUCUUGUAUUCCCUACAAAGCCUCCUCUCCAUGCCAGUCUGUGCCUUUUGAAGUGCCAGAGAGUUUCUUGAUCCGACUGAGAAGGGGAGAGGAGCAACGCAGAGGGGAGAGAGAGAAGGGAAGGGGGACCCGCCGCCCUCUACUGACUCUUGAAGCCCUGCUUCUUUAUUUCUUUUUUUUUCUCCUUACGAAAAGUAAAGUGAGAAUCCUGCCCUCUAAUACAUCUGCAAGACAUCACUCUCCUGAAAUUCUAGUCACUCCCGAGAAUCCACAGGAGUGCCGAGAGGGGAACGGCUUUCUUGAAGAAAUUUUAAAGCUGGAACAAGCCUCCUUCUGUUGGUGCUUGAACUCUUGCCGGGAAUAACUUUUUUUUAAAAACCUUCUUCUUCUUCUUUUUCUUUAACCCACUUUGAUUCUUCUCUCCACCCCUUCUUCUCUCUUCUGUUUGCCUAACUCCCCCGCCCGCCCUGCUGGCCUCCCCUUUCCUCUCUCCCCCUUAUUAUUAUUUUUAGUGUCUGCGUGUGGACGCUUCUUGAGAGUUCGAAAGGAUUUUUUUUUUCUUCCUGAUUUAAGCAUAGGGUAACUUAAAAAAAAAAAAGAAAACUUUUCGGUGUGGAUUGUCUCUUUGGACCCAGCCAGACUUGGCUUCAGGAAAGCAACCGAGGCUGUGGCAAAGUUACUGGUGCCGAAAAGUUCUGCCCUUCAGAAAGGGGUCUCUCUCUCUCUCUCUCUCUCUCUCUCUCUCUCUCUCUCUCUCUCUCUCUCUCUCUCUCUCUCUCUCUCUCUCUCUCUCUCUCUCUCUCUCUCUCUCUCUCCCCACUCCCCCCUCUUUCUUCCCCACUCGGCUCCUCUCCCCCCUCGUGCCCACAGCGUUUGGUGUUGAUUCGAGCGGGAAGAGGGGGGUGGGUGGGAUUGGAGGGGAGACCAUGACCUCCAGCUACGGGCACGUUCUGGAGCGGCAACCGGCGCUGGGCGGCCGCUUGGACAGCCCGGGCAACCUCGACACCCUGCAGGCGAAAAAGAACUUCUCCGUCAGUCACCUGCUAGACCUGGAGGAGGCCGGGGACAUGGUGGCGGCACAGGCGGACGAAAGUGUGGGAGAGGCGGGCCGGAGCCUGCUGGAGUCACCAGGACUGACCAGUGGCAGCGACACCCCUCAGCAGGACAAUGAUCAGCUGAACUCAGAGGAGAAGAAGAAGAGAAAGCAACGGAGAAACAGAACAACCUUCAACAGCAGCCAGCUGCAGGCCUUGGAGCGUGUCUUCGAGCGGACACAUUACCCAGAUGCUUUUGUGCGAGAAGAUCUUGCACGUCGGGUGAACCUCACUGAGGCUAGAGUACAGGUGUGGUUUCAGAACCGAAGAGCCAAGUUCCGUCGGAAUGAGAGAGCCAUGCUGGCCAAUAAAAACGCUUCCCUCCUCAAGUCCUACUCAGGAGACGUGACUGCUGUGGAGCAGCCCAUCGUACCUCGCCCUGCUCCUAGACCCACCGAUUAUCUCUCCUGGGGGACAGCCUCUCCAUACAGCGCCAUGGCUACUUAUUCUGCCACAUGUGCCAACAAUAGCCCUGCACAGGGUAUCAACAUGGCCAACAGCAUUGCCAACCUGAGACUGAAGGCCAAGGAAUAUAGUUUACAGAGGAACCAAGUGCCAACAGUCAACUGAGGAAAAAAUAAUUAAACAGGCCUAAGAAGAAAUCAAAAACCAUAAGAAACCUAUCCUGUUCUGUCAUUUCUUCAUCUGCUGGAAAAAAAUAAAAGCAAACAAACAAACAAUGCCAGAACUAAAAUAUUGGGACCAUGGCGGAGAAAAGCAGGAGAGGAACAAAACGAGAAUUAGUUAACAGUGGUUCCUUCUUCCUCUCGGAUACCAUCACCAUUUGUUUCUGUGUGUGUUCAUUUUGUUUUCCUUCUAUCCAUGCUUUGCUAAUUAUACUCCAGGCUUCUUCAGUUAGGCUCAACUCACCCAUUCCUAUAAUUGUAUGAGAAUUAAAAAAAUCUUCAGCAGCCAAAGAAACACACACACACAUAUGCAUAUAUGCAUAUAAGCACAUAUACACACUCGAGUGUGUGUGUGUGCACGCAUGUGCACGCGCAUGAAAGAUUAUGUCUCAGUAACCUGUUUGACUUCAGUGCCUUAUUCUGUCUCCUUCUAGUAUCUCUAGCAGAUUUUGAAAAUCAAAAGUAUUUCUGAGGAACCUGUAUGUUGUCUCCAUGUCUGUUGGUUAUGGUAAGGUUUUUCUGUCAGCUUCAGGAAAAAGGAAUGUACACAUGUUGUGGUGUUUGACCUGUCCGAUUGAUGUGGUUGGCCAUGUCUGGUGAACUCUGAGCUCUAAGGUCUCAAGUGAAUCUGUGGACUUAAGCUCUAAGUGCUAGGUUAUAAUGUCGCCAUCAACACCAUCCCUCAUCUAAACCAAACAAUAAACCAUCCCAAGUUAAAGAUAUCUGUUGUUUUUGAACAUUUUGAACAGAUGCUGUCAUUUGCUCUUUGGUAGAAGAAGUACUUUUGGUUUUAGAGAUGGAGAGAAAUUUUUGUAGUAAAUUUUGUAGAAAAAUUUUUUGGGGGAAAAGAAAUACUGAAUUGAAAGGCAUAGCCUUUAUCUCUUUGGUGCCUUAGUGGUGGUCAGAUGCGCGCGCACAUGCGUGCGCGCGCGCGAGCACACACACACACACACACACACAUUCUGUGUAUAUUUAUAUAUAUAUUAUAUAUAAAAUAUUGCAAGCUUGAGUUUGCAGUUUCUCAAACAGUAUAAAAGCAAACUUUACACCAUCACUGCUGUCCUUAUCUACACAGUAAUAAUAUAUUAAUGUGGUAUCUUGUUGUUUUCCAUACUCUAUACAAAAUUCUCAUUAAGGUCAAAGUACAAUUUGCUAGGAAACUGUGUGAGAACAGCUUUCAUUUUCAUUUUAGGGCUUUAAAGGAAUUUGGAAUUAUUUAACAAUAUAAGGAUGAUCUUGAGUUUGGAGCCUGAUCUCAAGAAAUACACACAGAAAGCAGGGGCAUGGUGUAGUUAGCCAUCUGCUCUUUCUCCACUCCAUAGAAAUAUGAAAGACAAUUAACAUGUUUAACUGAAGUUCUUAAAGCGUUCUCUAAACUCCAGAAAAUUAAGGACAAUUAUGCUUUCAUAUUUUAGUAUUUUUGAAAUGGGGAUUAGUAUGUAGGGUGGGAGGCAGGGCAGGUAUUUUUUUGUUUCUCUUUGUUCCCAGCUAGGCUUUGUCAACUUUCCUGGUGAACUUGACCAAACCAUGCUGUGUCUAGUUUACCUAUUUAUAAAAUGGAUUUAACAAUUCUUACAUAUCUCACAAGGAAGCUGUGAGGCUAUGUUCAUUUGCUUCCUCCCUUCCUCCCUCCCUCCGUCCCUCCCUCCCUCCCUCCUUUCCUCCUUCCUUUCUUCUUUCUUGUUCUUUGUCUGUUCAGCACUUUGUAGCUAUGGGAGGAAAGGGACUUUAAGAGCACACAAUGUUCAUGGAUUAACAGUAUCUAGAAGCUUUGUUUUUGAGCAGGAAAUGGUAUCUGGCUGUACAUACAUAUAACCUUGUAUUUGGAAAUGAUAAAUAGGUUUAUAUUUUCAGAUAUUUCAAUGAUCACAUCAUUUGACCAAAGAAUAAUUUAAGACACAAAGUAUAGAGAUAUUUUUUAACUUAUAUUCUCAUCAACAGCUUGACAACCAUAGUUCUCAGUGAAUAAAAUGCUUCAGAUUGGCUUUGGCCAAAUAAGUCAACUUUGUAAUAUGAGUGACAGGAAAAAUAUUUGGAGUAUAAGAUGUACUUUCAGUAUACAUUUUUAUUUCCCUUGGCAUAUCUAAUUGAGUUAAUGGUGAUUUUUUUCAGUCUAACAGUUACUGAUCUGAAAAUAUAUUUCAAAUGAUUUUGUACAUUGUUAAUAAUAAGAAGGAAGACCGUCAUGUGUACUUCAAGCUCAUGUAGUGAACCCUUCUCGAUAACACCCAUUAAAACAUUUCUUUCAGAAUAGUUCAUAUGGUUUGGAUGAACACACAUUACAUGUUUUUAAGGAGUCUUUCCACUCAUGCAUUCGUCCCACUAAUUGUUGUGUAUUAUCAGGUUUCAAAGGAACAAGCAGUACAUCCUUAUUGUAAAAACGUCCUUUGAUUUGUAAAGUGAGUACAAGUCCAAUAGACUGGUAAAUUAGCGGGAUUUCAAGUUUGCAGAGAAUAGCUAAGAUAUUUGGGUUAUAGCCAAGGAAAAGAAUUUAGAAAUAAGCAAAUUUUGCUAAGGAGAGUAGAUUCAUAGAAGAGAAUCAUACAAGAAAGUUGUUUGAAUUCUUAAUCCUGAUUCUAUUUCCAGUGACCAUCAAAAGAGCCUGAUCUAUAAACUCAAAGGAGAAAGUGGGAGGCUUUACCUAAUGCUUCAAAUCAGUAGUUUCUAGGAAUUCAUAGAAUAACCCUUGCUAGUUAGUCACAGGAAUGCCUGUUCCCAGUGGAUCCGCACCACAACAUCUUUAUCUGAUCGUUUAUCUGGAUACAUCUCUGAAACACUAGCACUCUGUUUUGUUCAUUUAGGAUCCAUUUUUAAAUUCGACAUACGUUUAACAAGUGAUUUGGAGGAUUAGAUUUCUAGCUUGUAAGUCAAUUGACAGAGGAGUGUCUCAGUGCCACAGACUCAAGGCAUACACCUGUUACUCUCCACCAAAAUAUACACAGAUGAAGACAUGAAACUGUCAUUGUCUUCAAUCCCUUCCCAAACAAGAAGCUAAUUAGUAGAGUACUUGGCGGGUUAAAUUAAACCAGAAGUAAUGACCUACAUAAAUGACAUAUGGUAAUAAAGAUCUCAUAAGAAAUGUAAUAUGUAAAUUAUAUCUUGCUUUAUGAUGUAAAAUAUACAUUGUUUGUGCUAGAAUAGAAAUGAUUUCUUUUCAAUAAAAUGAGAGACUGACACUA